GAAAAACACACGCCUCUCUCUCUCUCACCUCUCUCUAGCUGUUAAUUCAUCUCCCCAACUACAACAAACCAACUUGCUUUCAGCUUUGCUCUGUCUAGGACAAGAGCAUUCCUGAUUAAAAGCAAAUCUCCUUUUCGUUAACUUGUGAUUGGUUUUGUCCGAAGAAUAUUUUUAAACACAACAAAAUAAAAACAAAAACUUGCAGAAGAAUGAAGGAAGAAAAAGCAAUAACCUUCCAAAACAUAUUCUAAAGCCUCAAACUUGGAAUAUUCCAUUUCAUCUUCCUUCCUCUGUUUCUUCCUCUCUCUCUCUCUCUGUUUCUCGUAACAGUAAAGCUAACAUCAAAGCUCGAAAAGGCGUUUCCUUUCAUCUGUUUUUAAUCUGAUUCUUACUGAAUUUGAGUUGGGUUUUCAAUCUUUCUUUGAAUUGAAUUCAUCAAACGAUCCGUUUCGUAGAUCUAAGGCUUGCUCUGUUUUUCUUUCAUAUCUGUAAAGUAACGAACUUUGAGAGGUUUGUGUGUGGCUGCGAUGGAUUUGGAUGAUUUUCGGUCGGUUAUGGAUAACGCAGGUGUUGAUGUUUGGACAUUUAUCGAUACAGCGAUCUUAGUUGCGUCUCUUGAUUACGGUCAAGAGCUGAAGCAGAGGAGAGACAACAUCGUUGAGCGUCUCUACGCGACCUCGAUGGCUAACAAGUGUAGGAACUGUGAUUUCGGUGGUGGAGGAGGAGAAGUGGUUGCUAGGGCUAAUGGGAGUGUUCACGAGGAGGAGGAAGAAGGAGAAGAAGUAAGAGAGAGAUCUGUUAAUGGUGAUGAUGACGAAGAUGAAGAUGAUGGUUUUGAUCCGUUUGCUGGUUUGUUUGAUGAUGAGCAGAAGAGUGUUCUUGAAAUCAAGGAGAGACUUGAAGAUCCUGAUCUGUCUCAAGAAGCUUUGGUAGAGCUGCUUCAGAAUCUGGAAGAUAUGGAGAUAACAUUCCAAGCUCUUCAGGAAACUGAUAUUGGGAGGCAUGUGAAUAAAGUUCGGAAGCAUCCAUCCAAUGAUGUUCGGAGAUUAGCUAAACAGCUUGUCAAAAAAUGGAAGGAAACAGUAGAUGAAUGGGUCAAACUUAACCCGCCUGGUGAUCUUGAACCUCCGAGUUUGAUAGCUGAUGAGGACUCACCACAACAGAGAGCUCUUCAUAAUGGUAAUCGCCAACAGGUUCCUGAUUUUGGUUAUUCACCGGUUCCUCAGAGUAGGAAUGGGUAUUCAGGUUCAAGCAAGAGCAGUAAUGUUACAGAGCCAGAGAGAAAGCCAAGACCUGUUGCUCCUCCUCCUAGGAGAGAAUCUCCUUCUCCAGCUAAGCCUUCUCGUCCUUCUCCUUCUCAACCAACCAUUCAGAGGGAGAAGGAGCACAAGGAAAUUGAUUUUGACACAGCUAGGAAGAGACUGCAACAAAACUACCGACAAGCUGAGAAUGCUAAAAAGCAAAGGACUAUACAGGUGAUGGACAUUAAUGAGAUACCUAAACCUAAGAAAGGUGGAUUUUUUCCAAGAAGAGGGGGCAGUUCUCAAGGAGGUAGUAGACACUGGUAAAAUUGAAUGAAAGGGAUGAUGAGAGUUGAAAAAGAGAAAAGUUCAAGACAGAACAAACAUCUGUGUUUUGAGACACAAGAAGAGAAGACAGUGGAAUCUAAAAAUGUUUCAAGAGUUUGGAAUUUAAGUUGGUGGAGGGUACACUUGGUUUCCAUAUUGUUGUUUACUAAAAAAAAAUCUGAUUUAAGAACUUAAUUUUCUUGGAUUUUAUGAAUAAUAGAUUUGAAAAAACAAAUUUGAGAUAUUUUGGUUUUUGUAAUUUACACAAUGAUAUGCUUGUGUCUAGAUCUUUAAAGAAAAUGAAAUGAUUUUCUUCGGAAUUGUUUCUUUUGCUUAAUGCCAAAUCAUAUAUUCAUAUCUAAAGAUCUGACCUUUUUAAUGUUAUGUCUUUGUGCAGAUUCAGGGGUUGCUGCAA